AUGGAGCCAACUUACACUUAUUUAAAAAAACGUUACGAAUUUGGAAAACAGUGUUUUUUCACAGAUGAGGGCCCGGUACUUUUAGAAGAUUUUAAACCUAAUAAAAAAGAUUUUGAAGAUUAUAUUUUUCAAAAUCCAGUGUCAAAAGAAACUCAGUACAGUAGUAUUCAAGCAGAACACAGUGUAAACACGACUCGUGCAGAAUUCGAAGAUCGCGGAAUGAAUCAUGUGGAAGGUGGUUGGGGAAAGGAUAUUAACGUUCAAGAUGCCGAACAAACAUUAAGAUAUAAAAAAAAAAUCGAAAAGGAUGAAGAAUACAUUCGCACAAUAUUACAAUUAUCUCAUGCAAUGGAACAUUGCAUUCUACAAAAUAAUGCAGUUAAUAUUUACGAAUCGUAUUUUCAAGAUGCUGAAUUAAGUAAUUUAGUUGAACAAACAACGUCUAGAACAACAAACGUUUACAAAGAUCCAUGUAACAUAAAAAGACCAAUAACUCAUUUAUCAUGGUCAGCUGAUGGCGGUGUUCGUUUAGCAGCAACUCAUUGUAAUUUAGAAUUUCAAAGAGCUUCUCCUGAAUUGAGUACUCAUUCAUAUAUUUGGGAGAUUGAAAAUCCAAACAAGCCUCAAAUGAUUCUAACACCAGCUGUACCUAUUGUAUGCCUCGAAUACAAUCCAAAAGAUCCACAUAUACUCAGUAGUGGUAUGUUUAGCGGACAAGUUUGUUUUUGGGAUACAAGAAAGGGAUCUGAUCCGAUAGAAACAAGUCCUAUGGAAGUUAGUCAUAGAGAUCCAGUUCAUAACGUUUUAUGGAUAAAUUCAAAAUCAGGCACAGAAUUUUUUUCAGCGUCUAGUGACGGUCAGGUAAAAUGGUGGGAUAAUAGAAAAAUGAACGAACCAUUAGAAACGUUAAUAUUAGACGUACAAAAAGACGAAACGAUACUUCUUUCAAGAGCCUACGGGGCAUCGAGCCUUGAAUAUGAAACUACAAUUCCGACUAGGUUCAUGGUAGGUACGGAAAAUGGUUUUGUAAUACAGGGAAAUAGAAAAGGAAAAACUCCUCAGGAAAAAUUAGCAGGAGUUUUUAAGGCUCAUUUGGGACCUGUUUGUUCCCUACAGCGAAACACAGCAUUCGUUAAAAAUUUUUUAACCGUUGGAGAUUGGACGGCUAGAAUAUGGUCGGAAGAUUGUAAAGAAUCAUCGAUUAUGUGGACAAAUUUUCAUCGAGCAAUGCUAACGGAUGGUAGUUGGAGUCCUGCAAGAUAUUCUGUUUUUUACACGACUCAAACAGAUGGAACGUUAAACGUUUGGGAUAUUUUACAACAGCAACGUAAACCGACAUUGAGCAUGAAAGUUUGCGAUGAUGCUCUUAGAAGUUUACGAGUACACGAAAAUGGACAAUUGGUAGCCGUUGGAAAUGAUAAGGGAAACGUUUAUCUCGUAGAAUUUUCCGGGAAUUUAGCUGUGAAUAAUAAAAAUGACAAAGCACUUUUAACAGCGAUGUUUGAAAGAGAAAGCAGAAGAGAAAAAAUAUUAGAAGCUAAAAUGCGUGAAUUUAGAUUAAAAUGUAAAGUUAAACCACAAGAUUUUACAACAUUUCCCGGACAGCAAAAUGAAAUGGGAGAAAAAUUAGAUGAAUGUCAAAUUGCUGAACGAGAAUUUUUUGCAGCCAUUGAAAAGAAGAAAUGA